UCCGAUUCAUCUUUACAUGCCAUCUGUGAUUUAGAACAGCAGCGUUAUCCGUCGACAGAGCUACUUAAACGCAGUGACUAGACGAAAUUAAGUCAGUUCAGGGCUCUGGUAUUUGAAGAGAGAGAAAAUGGAUCUAGCGGUGGAUGUUUAUGUGGCUGUCCCGCUGCUCUUCACUGUGCUGGCUGUUAUUAUUGCUUCUUUAUAUCUGAGAUUCAGACCUUCCGAUCCUAGAGAACAGGAUGCGAGUUCUAAAGUUGACGGGAGUAAAGCCGAUGAGGAGCCAAAGAGGAAAGAUUCCGAGGAAGUGAAGAAGCCCGAAGAUGUGCAAGAAGAGCAAGCGGAGAAGAGAGAUGAGGAGCCAGAGAAAGCUAAAGGCAAGCUGCCAGUGGAGGACAUCGGAGCCGGAGAGGGAAAUCUCCAGAAUCAAGAGACAACUAAAAACUCUGAGAAGGAACCCGCAGUUGCCGAGGAGAAAACCCCCCCGACUAACGAAGCGAAGCAAGAGCCCAGUAACCCCGAGGAGAAGCUUAAAAAGGAAGAAGAUGUAGACGUUGACAGUACUAAAAAAUCCCCUUCUGAAAGUGCUGAUGAUCUAGUUGAUGAGUACCGUCCAGGCAAGAUUCGAGGCAGUAGCUAUGGAAAAACACUGACAAGAGAAGAGUUGGAGGAAGAACAACGGGUUGAGUUAACCCCUGACUUCACCUCGGUGUAGGUUCUAAGCCUGAUGACACUAUUUCUGUAACAAUAUAUUGAGCGGAUGAGUAGAACCGGCGAGCCUUUCAUGCACGUGAAGGAAUUGAGUGGCUGGGGGCUUGAAUUUUGUCAGAUGUCAAGCCAAAAAACCCAAGUUUAUCCUCAUAGGGAGGUGCUGUUGAAGAUUCUGUAAUAGAUGUUGCAGUAGAAUCUCAUACAAUAGUAUACAUUUAUUUUAGUCACUUAAUUCACUGUACUUUUCAGUUAAGAGCUACAUUGUAGAGCAUCAAACACCAUGUUAAAGUUAGUGCACAGCAAACUGUAUAUCUUUGUGUAACUAAUGCAAGACCACCAUUUUGUUUCUUUGAACAAUGCAAAUUGUUUGGUUUGUUUAAGCCUUAAAGCAGAAUGUGUUAACAGGAUUGUAGUGUAUUAACUAUUUCUGGGGAUGUUUUAGUUAAAGAUGGAUUUGUAAUUUUGAAAUGGCAACAUUUGCUUUAUCUAUUA